AUGGCAAAGGUACGCCAUUUCUUUUCGUCCCCCAUGGCACUUUCAUCCCGUUUAAAAUUGGCUCACAAAAUCAAGAACAUUAGAGAGAGGUUAGAUGAGAUUAAUGCUGAGAAGGUUCAGUUUGAUCUCACUGAACGGCAUGAAGAGGUGCAUGUCAAUCCCUUGUGGAGGGAGAAGACACAUUCCUUUAUUGAUCCUUCAACGGUCAUCGGUAGGCAUGGUGACAAAGAAGAAAUAAAAAAGAGUUUGAUGCACCCAAAUCCCACUAGAAAUCUUAAUAUAAUUGCCAUAGUUGGAUUAGGAGGUAUGGGAAAGACCACACUUGCCAAGGCAGUUUACAAUGACGAAUCCGUAGUUAAUCAUUUUCAGUUGAGAAUGUGGGUUUGUGUAUCUGAUAAUUUUAAUGUUACAAGAUUGGUGGAAGAAAUCCUUAAAUCUGCUGGUGGUAGAGUUGAUAAGAAUUCAAGUAAUGAAGAUACAUUGCAGACUAGUUUGAGAGAACUUUUAAAGGAUAAAAGGUUUCUACUGGUCUUAGACGAUGUCUGGAAUGAAAAUAGAAAUAAAUGGACUGAACUGAGAGAUUUGCUAACUGGAGGGUCGCAUGGAAGUGUCAUUGUUGUAACGACACGUAGUCGCAGGGUUUCUUCCAUUUUAGACCCUAUUUAUACACAUUCUGUAGAAGGUCUAUCAAAAGAAGAAAGUUUGUCUUUGUUUGUGAAAUGUGCAUUCAAGGAAGGAGAAGACAAAUUAUAUCCAAACCUUUUACCAAUUGCGGAUGAAAUAGUGAAAAAGUGUAAAUGGGUUCCAUUGGCCGUGAAGAGUUUAGGUGGUCUACUUUAUUCGGAAGUCGAUGAAAGUGAGUGGGAAUUGGUGAGAGGUAACGAGAUCUGGGAAUUGGAAGAAAAUGAGGGAGGCAUCUUACCUGCAUUGCAAUUGAGCUAUAAUCAAUUGCCAAUUCAUUUGAAGCGAUGCUUUGCCUAUUGCGUUAAUUUUCCAAAGGAUCAUGAAUUCGAGAAUAUUGUUAAAUUGAACAUUGGGUGGCACAUGGAUUAA